CCCAAGUGACGUGUGACGCAAUCGGGCCUGUCGAGCAAGAGGAAGCAGAAAUAAUAACAACUGCGGGGGGAUUGGGAAGAGGCCGCCCGAGUUCAGUGGAAUAUUUUUGACUUGGGUUUUGCUAGAUAUAACACAUUAUUAGAGUCGUUGUUUGGCCGUUUUCUGUUUUUUACUGAGUCAUACGAUGUCUUUGUUCGGAAAGUUGUUUGGCACCGGGGGGAAAGGGGGGAAAUCACCGACCCCGCAAGAGGCGAUUCAGAGACUCCGGGACACGGAGGAGAUGUUGAUGAAAAAACAGGAAUUCCUCGAGAAAAAAAUUGAACAGGAACUCCUCACCGCAAAGAAAAAUGGUACCAAAAACAAACGAGCUGCCUUGCAGGCCUUGAAGCGUAAGAAGCGGUACGAGAAGCAGCUGGCCCAGAUCGACGGAACGCUGUCCACCAUCGAGUUCCAGAGGGAGGCACUGGAGAACGCCAACACCAACACUGAAGUGCUCAAGAACAUGGGCUUUGCUGCUAAGGCCAUGAAGGCGGCCCAUGAAAACAUGGACAUAGACAAAGUGGACGACUUAAUGCAGGAAAUCACAGAGGGGCAGGAACUUGCACAGGAAAUUUCAGAUGCCAUCUCAAAACCUGUAGGUUUUGGUGAAGAGUUUGAUGAGGAUGAACUCAUGGCAGAAUUGGAAGAGUUGGAACAAGAGGAAUUAGACAAAAACCUGUUGGAAAUUGGAGAGAACGUACCUCUACCAAAUGUGCCGUCCACAUUACCUGCCAGACCAGCAGCAAAGAAAAAGGAAGAGGAAGACGAAGACGACAUGAAGGACCUGGAGGCCUGGGCUGAGGCCAUGUAGUCUGAGCUCUGACGUUGUCGUUCAUCACCAUCAUCACCAACCCUAGUGGAUGGCAAGAAAGGACUCUGGUUUAAUUUGCUUGUUUUGUAUUUGGAGGGAAUGCUAAAUAAAUAAGAAUAUGCUCCGAAACCCAUAGCUCUCUGUGUCAGCCCCAAGCAGUAAAGGGUGGAAACAGCUUAUUUGUUGUAAAAAAAAAAUGUCGAUGAUCAUAAAGAAGGGCCACUACUCUGGAAACACCAAAAGGAGGAUGCAGCUUUAGCACUUUUCUUUCCCCGUAUCUUUGACCUACGUACUACUGUACAUUCAUAACGCUCAGCGGCUACCCCUGCUGUACACUCCUCUGCUGAAGUCCUUACUCUACUUGGCACGGUCUACGUCCGUAAGUCAAAGUGGUAGGAAAGUCAAAGAUGCGUAAUGAGGGCAGUAAGGGUUACUGAAGAUGGCAUCAACUGGCAGCCGUGUUCCAUUGUGCGGAUCGACUCGGUUUUCUGUUCCAACGUUGUGUGAACAUGCGAAUGGAUUAUCGCCAACAACGGCCGAAUUGGAAUGUAAAUUUUCACGCAGCCGACCCCUUAAAAUUUAUCUGUUCAUUUUAAAACAUACAUGGAAACUGGUUAUGUUUUUGGAGAGAGAUUAUCUGGCUCUCCCCCUGCUUUCUUUCUUUGUGUGUUUCUAUGUUUCCCUUAUAAUUAUAUAUAUAUAUAAAAAUGAAUAAUGUAACACUAGGAAAAAAGACUAUUUUAAAUACUAGGGGAACUGACUGCCUGUUAGCUUAUACUGAGUGAAAGAUUUCGUGGUAAAAAUUGGCAAUUGGGUCUUGUGUUUGUUUAUAUAGAGAGUAAAUGAUUGUAAUAUUCCACACACAAAUAUACUGACAGAAUAAUGGUUAUUUAUGGCUAUGGGGUUUUUUUGUGUUAACUUCCUUUAACAUUUUGUAGCCUUUCCUGAUAUCAAAGCUGCUUGUUUUCUAAUUGUAUAAUUUUCCCUUAAACUAUGUAAAAAUAUGUAUAUUCUGAUUGUAAAAGCAAAAAAUGGCCACUUUACAUUGACACUCCAGCGGAGUCUGUUGAAUUUGUGUUCAGGGCUGAAUGUUUCUCCAGCUUUAUCUGUCUGACGGUUUCUCUGACUCGCCACCUUCUCACCACCUGCCCUUGUUCUUACGGUACGCCCGAAUUAAACCUUUUGCCAAAUAA